AUGUCAAAUGAUCCAACAAUCACCAAAUUCAGAGUUAAAAAACAUUCAUUAUCAAAUGGUACAUCAGAUUCAUUUUCAGAAGAUGUAAAAGAAGAAUUGAAAUUAACAAGUUGUUUAAGGUGUAGGAAAUUAAAGAAAAAAUGUAGCAAGACAAAACCAGAAUGUACAAACUGUGAUAAAGCAGGUGAAGAAUGUCUAUAUAUUCCUAGGAAACCAAGGAUGACAAAAAAGGAAAAACAUCAAAAUAAUAAUACGAGUCACAAUAAUAAUUCAAUUGGUGUUUCAAAUAUGCAACAACACCCUAUAUUAAGUUCAAAUUCUCCAACCAUAAGUUUUGAUACUGCUAGUCCUAGUAUGCUGGAAAAUUCAAUCAUGAAUAAUAAUACUGAUCAAUCUCCACCAAAUAGAUUUACUCAACAAUUUAAUAAUUUCCCUUUAACUUAUGGUAAUAUUGAACCACUACAUUCGGAUACAAGAUCUACUUUAACUCAACAGUCAAUACCUCCACCUUUACAAUCUCAACAGCAACAGCAACAUCAGCAGCUAGAACAACAUCAGCGACAACAACAACAACAGCAGCAGCAGCAGCAGCAGCAGCAGCAGCAGCAGCAGCAAGAACAACAGCCUCAACAACUUUCUCACGAAUCUCAGCAGUCACACCAGUCUCAACAAUCACAAUUCAGUGUUCUCCCGACUCCCCCUCCAACAUUAAAUUCAAUAGAUGCAAGAGCUCCAAAUUUUGAUGCUUACCCCAAACAAAUUUCGAAAGUAUUGUAUGGAGCAGUUGGUAUAAAAACAAAUUCAAAUGUUAGUAUAAUUCCACCAAUAGUUGAUCAAGUAUUAUUAACCAGAAUAAUGAAUGCAUUUUUUAUGCACACAUAUAGAAUAUGUCCAGUUAUAAAUAAAAAUGAAUUUAUGAUAAAAUUUAAUAAUUUAUUUGAUUCAAGAACUGGUAUUGCUUCUUUAGAGGAAUUUGAUGAUCAAUAUGUAUUAUAUAUGGUACUAGCUAUUGGAUCAAUACAUUUAGAAAGAUCAGGUAUUAUAACAAGAGAUAAAAGAAUAUCAGAAUAUUUUGUAUCAAUGGCUUUAACGAGUGUACAUAAUAAUAUUUCAAAAAAUGAUUUAAAAAGUAUGAAAAAUUUAAUGCUUUUAGCAUUAUAUUCAUUUUUCAAUCCUGCUGAAUUUAUAUCAUGGGAAAUUGCUGGUAAAUUAGCAAGAAUGGCUAUUCAUUUAGGUUUGAAUCAAACGUUAUCAAAACAAGAAGCUGAUACUUUAAGUGUUAGACAAGUUGAAAUGAGAACAAGAUUAUUAUGGUCAGUUUAUACUAUAGAUAGAUUAACUUCAGUUACAUUAGGUAGACCAGUUGCAUUACAUGAUGAUGAUAUAAAUUUACCAUUACCAGAAACUUUGGAUGAUGAGGAAUUAGAUGAUAUAACCACUUAUAGAUUAGUUAUACAUUUAAGACAAAUUGAAGGUCAAAUAUUAAGAAAAGUUCAUUCGGUAAAUAUGAGUAAGAGAUUCCAAAAUUCAAACACUACUAAGGAAGAAUAUUGUGAAAAUGUAUUAAAAGAAUUAAGAGAUGAAAUUGAAAAUUGGCAUGAAAAAGCAAAUGAAUUGGAACAUACAAUACAAAAACCAAAACAAUCAUUAGCUUUUAGAGCUUCAAUUCCAUGGUUUACUGCAAGAUAUAAUCAUUUAUUAAUCCUAUUAUAUAGACCAUCAUAUUUAAAUCCUCAUCCACUGCAAAAUAUAUUAGAUACUUUAGGUAAAGCAUGUUUACAAACUUUAUCAUCUACAUAUAAAUUAUUUAAAUCAAAAUCAUUACCAUUAAAUUGGACAACAUUAUAUAGAUUCUUAAUGGUUUGUACAACUAUAUUAUAUUGUUUAUGUCAAUGGGCAAUAGAUUUAAUGGAAUCUAAAACUGAAAUAUGUUAUUGUAUAGAAAUUUUUCAAGCUUUUGGUAGUGAUUGGGUAGUUGCUAAAAAAUGUUCAGAAGUAUUUAAAAAAAUUGAAAAUAAAUUAUUAGAAAUUACAUUAACUGAUGGUCAUACAACAGAUAUGGAUAAUUUAUCAAAAGAAUUAUUAGGUGCUUCAAGUUCUUAUCAUGAAAUUUUAAAUGUUCAUUCUGUUGAUUUAUUUAUUGAUAGUCAAUAUAUGUAUGGAUUUGAAAGUUGA